GCUCCGCGUGAUUGCGGCAAGUACGCUGAAAAAAAAGGUCAAAACGAAAGCGUAAAAAAAUUAUAUCGAGACUCGCACGCGGUAUUGAUUGUCGGAUAAAUCGCUGCUGAAAAUAUGGAAGUAUAUACUGGUUGGAGCUCGUGCUCGUUCGAAUAUUAUAUUGCGUGCGUGCGCGCGCUUGCGACGGAGUCGAGCUUUUAAAACAGCGCUGCAAAUAAAUGAAGUCACUCGAAAGUGCGCCCAAAUCGAGAGAAAUUCCGUACGCUAGCGAGCUUUGUUUCGAGCUCUCCGCUUCUGUAUAGUAGAGUACACGGGGGUACACGAGCACGAAGAAGCGAUAUCUUUUCAAUUUCUCUCGUAGAUUAAAAGAAAUAGCAAAAUCGAUAUGUUCUAUGGACUGUGCACAGACUGCGAGUAGCAGCAGCAGCAGCAGCAGCGGUAGAAACGGUGCUAUAUAGUGCGCGACUGGCAGCACGAUGACCGAGUUAUCGCGAGACUGAUUUCCGACGCGCUAUAUAAUAUACAAAACCGUUCUUUGUGCUCGAGAGUCUAUUUUUCAUCGCCCAUAUCGAUUUCUGUUCAUAUUUCAUCCGUAUAACGAUGCUCGCGGAGUUACGCGAUUAAAAAUCACGUUUUUGGAAAAAAAUGAACGGUUCGCGUUCGGAGGAGGGACAAGAGGCUCUCGAUACGGACGAACACGGUCGGAGGAGUUUUUGCAGGAAUACAAUGCGAAUCGACGGUGAGCGGAUAAGUCACGUAGUAUGCUUGCUACUAAACAGGAGGCACACCUAGAGGCGAGGAGGAGGGAGGCUCAGCCAGCGACUCGACGAGCAGCUACGAGAGAAAGAGAGAGAGAGAGAGCCCUUCAUCUGGAAGGAAGAAUCGAAGUGCUACCGUGAUCAAAAAUUGCGCGCGGUCGGCGAUUAGCGGGCCAUGAGCGGCCAUGUGCGCAGAUAGCCGGCCGUACGCAGCAAGCAGCGGACGACGAGGAAGAAGACGCUGGACGUCGUCGACGAUUGUCUCGAGAAGAAGACGGAGGAGGACGCCAGAGGCCGGCUCGACGAUUAAAGGCCCCGGACAUCAAUGGAGGCGGAGCUACCGAUACCAAUCGACAAGCAGACCUUCCUGCAGAAAUUGCUCUUCUACACGACCGCGUUCUUCAUCCUCCUCGGCACCUUCAGCCUCUUUGCCUUUCUCUUCCUGGUGCCGUUCGUCAUUGAUCCGGCCUUCACGACGAUAUUCAUGGACUUCGACACGAGGCCCGCCUUGUGCGUCACCAUCGAUGUCGAGUCCAGGAGAGGUACGAGCAACUGCUCCUGGACAUCGUGUAGGGAAGGUUGCACCAAGGAGUUGUUCGAGUGCACGCAAAUACGCGUGAAUUACAAGCUGCCCGUCAACUUGACGGCGGAGCAGCUGGAAGACGACGGCGAGGCACAGGUGCUCGGAGGUGUCGGGAAGGACGAGGCCGUUGGUAAAAGUAAAGUCGGCAAGCGAUCGUUGCACGAUUACGAUUACGUCGAGGAGUACGAGGACGACGAGCACGAGGACUACGAGGAAGAGGAGAUCACCGAUCCGAAAGCUCCCACGAGGUCCUUUCCGACAGGUCUCAUGGGAAACGACUCGGAGUGGUACUUUAUGGGAGCGAAGCUGUUUCCGAACGUUAAGGGCUGCGGCUAUCCACCGAUGCUUAACUGCACGAUAUUCGUCAGGCAAUACGCCAACAUCGGGCAGAACUUUAGCUGCUACUAUUCGAAAGUUGAUCCAGGAAUAGUCAUCAGUGACCUCGACAUGUGGCAGGUUUACAUGAACCUGGUUUACGCAAUGGCCAUUCCCAUACCGUCUUUCAUAAUCGCGGUGAUCUACUUGACGAUCGCCUACUUCAAAAUCUACAAUGAGGACGAGGCGGCGCUAGCCAAGGCCGCCGAAGCGGCCACCGCCGCCGAGGAGGGAGGACUCGGCCCCGAUGGCGAGAAGAUCGUCGGCGACGACGGGGCGACGCCAGUGCCGCCGGUGGGCGGCUGCUCGGACGAGGACGAGGACGUUGCGGAAGGCGCCAUGACGCCCACGAGCUGCAGCGACGCCCUGGCCAGCUUCGGUCACGAGCUCAAGGUCGCCAUGGUCGACGACAACAGCAGAGAGAGCCUCGAUGGUAUACCCGAUUGUUAUUCGGUGCAAGGAAACUUGAGCAAAACGAUGACGACGAGUAUCUCAACGCCACCUGGGCCGACGGCAACAGUCUAAAGCGCAGCUAUCAGGGCUUGAAGGACAUUUCGUACAGGCCCCGUUAAUCCGGACGCCUGAACUUGGGCUGUAAAUUCGACGGACAACCAACAAUGAACAGCAGUUUUAGCAGCUUCCAUCUACGCCUUAAUAUAAUACACGUAAUUUUCAUUAAACAAAAGAAAUAAUAAUAAUAAAUAAUAAAAUAAAAAAAAACGCCUGUACGCGCGCUGCUGCUACUGCUAUACUCGCAUUAUAAUACCGCUGCUGCAACGAAAUAUUUUUUCACUACUUCGAUGAAAAAGAAAGGUAAUAAAGCGGCAGAGACAUUUUUUGUGGGUGUUUAAGAGAGUGUGAAUAAUAAUUGUAUGCGUGAAAUUGUGUUGUAUUGUCGAGCUGAUCAAACAACAAUAAUAACAACGACUCAACUGGCAAAUACUAGUUUUUAGCUGAAUGAAAACCAAACGCGAUUAAUCGAUGUAAGAUACCGACAAAAAUGAUUGUAUUUAAAUAGGCUUUUAUGGGGUAUAAUUCUUAUAUUGAGCAGAGUCAAUUGGAAAAUCAUUUUGAAAAGAAUCGAAUCGCUUACAUUAAUUUUUAUACGUAGCACAAAAUAAUUGUUUUCAGUUACAUUCAGUUUCAUCAGUUACAUCAAAAUUCAGAAGUUUUAGGCUGUGUGCACGUAAAAGUGUUUAAAUCUUCAUAAUGUGCACUCGUAAUUUAGAGAUAAAUAAAAAAAUAUUCAUGGUUGAACUACGUACAUCGUUUCAGUAGUAUAGGUCGAUAAAAAAAAAAGAAAAAUACAAAUUUUUUUGGUUCGUUUGUUCGCACAGUUUUAUCUGACUCGACACAUGCAAGCCUACAGGGAUCGAGCAAAAAAGCUCUCUGCUGUUAUUGAUAAUUAUAAAAAAUAGAAAAUAAGUCGAUCACAAAAUUGCGCGGAGUUACCUGUUAUCACAAAGUUUGAGAGCGGAUGCAUGCAAUAAUUGCCAUCGCUCUCAAUUCAUGCUAUCAUCAUUCCAUUAAUGUACAUGCAUUUGAGCACGCACGUGUACGUAAUAUACGUUUGAAAUUGUAAAUAUAA